AUGUCCGCCGCACCUUUCUUCUGGCAAGCUCCCCUCAAGUACUGCCGCUGGGCAGCCCGCGAGCGUCCCGCCCUCUUCUGGUCCGUCAUCAUCGGCGCUGCUGGUCCCGUUGCCAUGCCCAUUGUGCCUCCGAUCCGAUACUACUUUGGCGAUGUUGAUGCGCCUCCGGUUCCUGUGACCUACCCUAUUCCCACUGGUCCCAGGAAACAGCUCACCGGCUACGACGAUUAA